AUGCGCAGCGCCGAUCUACCAAAGGUUACAUUUCAAGCUAAGGCUACCAAUCCUGGCUACGUGACUGAAGACAGAGGAGGUGUUUCACCUUCUCUGUCUUCAGGGUCCUGCGGUGUUUCCCAAAUCCAGCCAGUGCUCGAUCCCGAAGACCGGAUAGUCGGUGGAGCGACCUCCCUGCCCGGAAGCUGGCCCUGGCAAGCGCAGCUGCACAACUGGCUAGGAGGCUUCUGCGGCGGUGCAUUGAUAAGCGACCGGCAUGUCCUCACGGCUGCCCACUGCGUCAAGCGCCGUUUGUUACGAGAAAUACGUGUUUCUCUCGGCUCUCGUCGUCGAUCAAGAAAGGACGACACGGAGCAAUUUUUUGAUGUCGCAGAAAUUUGCGUUCACCCUCGAUACAACGAAAGUCUAAAACUGGUCACGGUACCCGACAUAGCGAUCAUCAAAUUGAGUCAGCCAGUGAACAUGACGAAAGCAAUUCAACCGGUCUGUCUUCCAAAGAACGGAGACAAGCUGGGUUUGGGAGCAACGCUUUACGCCACAGGUUGGGGUGCCACAGAUGGCUUACACACGAUUCCGCAGGAGCUUAAGCAAGCCAUGGUCAAGGCGAUGCCAAUUGACAUCUGCAGGAAGAAAUGGGGAGCCAACAGGAUCUCUGAACUCAUCUGCGCCGAACAUCAAUACGGAUUUAUUUGUGAAGUGAGUGUAAUUAUGGAGCACAUCUGCGAAAUUAAGCUCCUUUGUAAGCUCUUGUUUUGA